GUUACACGUUUGAUUCACAUGCUUCGACUUGUAAGCGUGAUAUUGCGAGUAUAUAAAAUAUUAUAGACAUAUGCAUAAAAAAUAUGAAUGAACAAGCUUGUAGUAUUAUUACAAGUGGUGGUCAUCAUACUGACAUUGUUGUAAAAUCAUACAGCAAUCGCGCACUGUUGAUUGUGACACAUUUCAAAAAGUUUGGAACGGUAUUAUCGAUAAAUCGUGAAUCCUCUAUAAACGGAUAUACCAGUGAUGUUUUCUCAAUAAAAACACUCUUUGGCAGUGAUAACAACGACAUUUACUUAGCUGCCAGAUACAUAGUAGAACAAAUAGAUAUUAAAACACCAUUGCUGCUAUCUAUAUCAUUGAAAGAUUAUAGUGUAGAGACUUUGAAGUCUGUUGUUGAUGCUAUAAAUCAAAUAAAAUCAUGGUGAUAUAAAUUACUGAAAAAUAUGAUAUAUGAAUAUUGAUAAUCUAUUAUAACACUUAAUAAAAACAAUCAGUUGAGUAAAAACCAUGAGUUUAAUUUUUGGUCAGCUUGUAAUUGGUCCACCUGGUAGCGGGAAAACAACAUACUGCAAUGAAAUGUCUAAAUUUUUGAAGUCUCUUGGAAGAAAAGUGGCCAUUAUUAACAUUGAUCCAGCAAAUGAAAAUAUGGAGUAUACUCCAGAAGUGGAUAUUUCUGAAUUAAUUAAACACGAAGAGGUCAUGGAGCACUUUAAACUUGGACCAAAUGGUGCUCUGGUUUAUUGCAUGGAGUUUCUAGAAAUCAAUGUAAAUUGGCUUGUGACAAAAAUUUUGAAUCUAAAAGAUUACUAUCUUAUUUUUGAUUGCCCAGGUCAAGUUGAAUUAUACACACAUCAUAAAUCCAUUAGUAAGAUAGCAGAAAAAUUGACCGAAAAUUUAGUGAGAUUAUGCAGUGUACAUCUUGUAGAUUCUCAUCAUUGCAGUGAUCCAGGAAAAUAUCUGUCCUCUUUGGUUCUUUGUACAACAGUGAUGUUGCAACUAGGUUUACCUCACGUAAAUGUCAUGACAAAGUUCGAUGAAAUGAAAAAAUUUAGCAACUGUUUAGCUUUUAACAUAGACUUUUACACAGAAGUAUUGGAUUUAAAAUAUCUUUUAGAGCACUUGGAUGAAGAUCCUUUUACUGCAAAGUAUAAAAAGCUCAAUACUGCUCUAGUUUCAAUAAUUGAAGACUACAGUCUUGUUAGUUUUAUACCACUAGAUGUUUUCAACAAGACGUUGUUGUUGCGAGUAAAAAAUGCGAUAGAUAAGGCAAAUGGAUAUAUUUUUGGUGGUAAUGAGCCACGAGAUAUACAGACGUUGCUUGCGUGCGCAGUAGGAGCUGUCAGCGAGACUGAAAAAACAUCUGCCAUGGAUGCGUAUUUAUGAAUUGUAUCACAUUCUUACUUCAAAGUGACUUUUAUACAAUAUCAUACAUCGAUUUUUCUGUUUGUAUUGACGCAAGCUCUGUUACGAACAAUAAAUGCCACACUUUUGACUCA